AUGCCGGCCCCUAUCAGACUGCGGGAGCUGAUCCGCACCAUCCGGACAGCACGCACACAGGCCGAAGAACGGGAGAUGAUCCAGAAAGAGUGUGCAGCCAUCCGCUCGUCGUUCCGCGAGGAAGAUAACACAUAUCGCUGCCGCAAUGUGGCCAAUGUUGCUGCUGUAUAUGCACAUGCUGGGAUACCCUGCUCACUUUGGGCAGCUGGAGUGCCUGAAACUAAUUGCCUCUCAGAAAUUCACAGACAAGAGGAUUGGCUACCUUGGUGCGAUGCUUCUGCUGGAUGAGAGACAAGAUGUCCACUUGUUAAUGACGAACUGUAUAAAGAAUGACCUGAAUCACAGCACUCAGUAUGUCCAAGGCCUGGCCCUGUGUACACUGGGCUGCAUGGGAUCAGCAGAGAUGUGCAGAGACCUGGCAGGAGAGGUGGAGAAGCUCCUUAAAACCUCGAAUUCCUAUCUUCGGAAGAAGGCCGCACUGUGCGCUGUCCACGUCAUCCGAAAGGUCCCAGAACUCAUGGAAAUGUUUUUACCCGCCACAAAGAACCUGCUUAACGAGAAAAAACCACGGCGUGCUGCACACGUCCGUCGUGCUACUGACAGAGAUGUGUGAGCGGAGCCCAGACAUGCUAACGCAUUUUAGAAAGCUUGUUCCUCAGCUAGUUCGUAUUCUUAAAAAUCUAAUUAUGUCCGGAUAUUCUCCGGAACACGACGUGUCCGGAAUCAGCGACCCCUUUCUGCAGGUGCGGAUAUUAAGGCUUCUCCGAAUUCUCGGCAGAAAUGACGACGACUCGAGUGAAGCCAUGAAUGAUAUUUUGGCACAGGUUGCUACAAACACAGAGACCAGCAAAAACGUUGGUAAUGCCAUCCUGUAUGAAACGGUCUUAACAAUCAUGGACAUCAAGUCGGAAAGUGGCCUGCGGGUUCUAGCUAUUAAUAUCCUAGGACGGUUUUUAUUAAAUAAUGACAAGAAUAUUAGAUAUGUGGCUUUGACGUCCUUACUCAAAACUGUACAGACCGACCACAAUGCAGUACAGAGGCACCGCAGCACCAUCGUGGACUGUCUAAAGGAUUUGGAUGUCUCAAUAAAGAGGCGAGCUAUGGAGCUGAGUUUUGCACUGGUGAAUGGCAACAACAUCCGCGGCAUGAUGAAGGAGCUGCUUUACUUCUUGGACUCUUGUGAACCCGAAUUUAAAGCAGACUGUGCCUCGGGCAUCUUCUUAGCAGCAGAAAAGUAUGCACCAUCAAAGCGGUGGCACAUAGACACAAUAAUGAGAGUCCUCACUACAGCUGGAAGCUACGUGCGGGAUGACGCAGUUCCUAAUCUCAUUCAACUGAUCACAAAUAGCUCCGAAAUGCAUGAAUAUACUGUACAGAAGCUCUACAAGGCCAUUCUGGAUGACAUCUCCCAGCAACCGCUGGUCCAGGUAGCCUCUUGGUGCAUUGGGGAGUAUGGAGACCUGCUAAUAUCUGGUCAAUGUGAAGAAGAGGAGCCCAUUCAGGUCACAGAGGACGAGGUAUUGGAUAUUCUAGAAAGUGUUCUGAUUUCCAACAUGUCCACAUCGGUUACGCGAGGCUUUGCUCUGACAGCCAUCAUGAAAAACUCAACUAGGUUCAGUAACACUGUCAACCGUAUAAAGAAGGUUGUCUCUAUUUAUGGGAGCAGCAUUGAUGUGGAGCUGCAACAAAGGGCUGUGGAAUAUAACGCUUUGUUCAAGAAGUAUGACACAUGAGGCCUGCACUGCUGGAAAGAAUGCCUAUAAUGGAGAAGACAAUGACCAAUGGACCAACAGACAUCGCUUCAAACUAAUGGCGAGGCUGAACCUGGAAUAAUAGACACCACCAAACCAAUACCACCCACUCAGCAACCAGCCAGCCAGGCCAAUGAUUUAUUAGACCUGUUAGGAGGAAAUGAUCUUCAGCUGGUCAUACCCACUGCACCACCUCCGAAGCAGUCCACCGUGGGAGGAGAGCUCCUAGAUCUUCUUGGAGACCUCAAUCUCGGAGCCCCACCAGCGUCGAUCCCCCAGAUGCCCGCACCUCAACUCUUGCUGGAUGGCCUUUCUGUGCAGCCUCUAUUUAAUGAUAUUUCAGGUAUACCGCCCAUCACUGCUUACAACAAGAACGGCCUGAAAAUAGACUUCAGCUUCGAGAGGUCCAGCACAAAUGCCAGCGUGACUGUGAUUACAACUCAGGCGUUCAACAGCACAGACAGCGAGAUGACGGAAUACGUGUUCCAGGCAGCAGUACCAAAGACGUUCCAGCUGCAGCUCCUGUCCCCGAGUAGUAAUGUCCUUCCACCUUUCAGCGCUGGAUGUGUCACACAGGUCAUCAAAGUUCUGAACCCCCAGAAGCAAACAACUGCGCAUGCGGAUCAAGUUGACAUAUAACCAUAAGGGCUCAGCUAUGCAGGACCUCGCCGAAGUCAGCAACUUUCCCCCCCCCUCAGUCCUGGCAAUAA